GUAAGUGUAAGUUGACCUUCCGACAGUAGAGCAGUGGUUUCGUGGUAUUGCACAUGUGGGUGGACUGUGUCGUCAGACAAGAAUUGUCAACCCAGAAGCUUUCAAGUACAGAUUGUGCCGUCAAAUUAGUACAGUGCUUACAUGUGACAGGAGCGCCAGAAAGGUUCCGAAGAAGUACUUCCUGUGUCAACUUGGAGAGAGUCAACAUGGCUGGAGCCGUCGUGGACCUGUUCGUUAGUAUAGGAUUAACUGAGCAGAAAGCAAAGGAGACUUUAAAAAAUGAACAAUUGACCGAAAGUCUGAAGCAAGCAAUAAAAACUGCUGAUGAAUAUGGAGGCGAAGGCGUUCGGAACAAGGAUGUGGGCAAAUUGCUGUACAAUCUUGUUACCAAGCUGAAAGCACAAGUCAAAGGUCACCAGAAUAUGCUGGUCAAGUACAUUGCCACCAGGAAGAUUGCAUCUGAGGCACAGCUAACAGCUGCCCUGGACUACUGUCUGCACAACCCAGGUCUGGACGUAGACACAAAGUCUUUUGAGGAAGCUUGCGGUGUGGGCGUGGUCGUCUCUCCAGAGGAGAUCGAGACGGUGGUUGAAGGUGUGAUUAAGAAACACAAAGAUGGGCUGUUGGAGAAACGGUAUCACUACAACACUGGAAUGAUGCUGGGUGAAGCAAAAGGUCAAAUCAAAUGGGCAGAUGCAAAAGCUGUGAAAAACGAGUUGGAUAUGCAGAUUUUGGAUCUUUUGGGCCCCAAGACUGACGCUGAUAGAGAAAAGCCACAAAAGACCCCCAAAGCUCCCAAGGCCCCCAAGGCCAGUGCCCCCGCGGGUGGCAAAGCUCCUGAGUCUGCAGCUGCCAGCGAUAGCGACAGGAGGUAGCUGUUACUUGAGGUACGAUGACACAAACCCAGAGAAGGAGGAAGAGAAAUUCUUCUUGGGCAUCCGGGAUAUGGUGGAGUGGCUAGGCUACAAACCGUUCAAGAUCACGUAUGCGUCGGACAACUUUGGCAAGCUGUACGAGUGCGCCGUGGAGCUGAUCAAGCGAGGCCACGCCUACGUGUGCCACAUGCCGGCCGACAUGCUCAAGGGGUUCAACCCGCCCGACUCCCCGUACAGAGACCGGCCAGUCACAGAGUCGCUGCAGCUCUUUGAGGACAUGAAGAAAGGCAAGAUAGGUGAAGGGGAGGCAACUCUGAGGAUGAAGACUACGCUGGAGGAAGGCAAGAAGGACCCGGUGGCGUAUCGCAUCAAGUUCACGCCGCACCACCGCACCGGAGACGAAUGGUGCAUCUACCCCACGUACGACUUCACCCAUUGCCUUUGUGAUUCCAUCGAGAACAUCUCACACUCUCUCUGUACCAAGGAGUUUCAAGCAAGACGAUCGUCCUACUACUGGCUGUGUAAUGUGCUGAGCAUGUACUGCCCGGUCCAGUGGGAGUACGGGAGGUUAAAUCUCAGCUACGCUGUCGUCUCCAAGAGGAAGAUUGGGAAGUUGAUAACCAACGGGUUUGUGAGAGACUGGGAUGACCCUCGUCUGUUCACGCUGACCGCUCUACGCCGACGAGGGUUCCCCGCGGAGGCCAUCAACUACUUCUGUGCCAAGGUGGGAGUGACCAUGGCCCAGACCUGCAUCGACCCGUCUAUGCUGGAGGCGUGUGUCAGAGAGGUUCUCAACGUCACAGCACAGAGGGCUAUGGCAGUUCUUCACCCACUCAAAGUGACCAUCUCCAACCUCCCCGCGGAUUUCCCCAAAGACAUUUCUGUUCUGAACUUCCCCGGGCACGAGGCGAAGGGAUCCCACUCUGUCGCCUUCUCCAACACUCUCUACAUAGAGCAGGAUGACUUCAAGGAGUCGGCAGACAAGAACUUUUUCCGCCUGACAAAAGAGCAACCUGUCGGCCUGCGCUACUCCGGCCUGGUCAUCUUUGUGGAGAAACUUGUCAAGGACUCGCUGGGAACUCCCACGGAGCUGGUGGUCACCUGCAAGAUGGCCGACGACGUCCCCAAACCCAAGGCCUUCAUUCACUGGGUGUCUGACCCACUCCGCUGUGAGGUCCGCGUCUACGAGAGGCUGUUCAAGCACAAAUUCCCGGAGGAUCCCAACGAGGUGCCUGGAGGUUUCCUGUCAGACAUCAGCGACGACUCGCUGGAGGUCGUUCCGGCCGCCAUGGUGGACAAGUCAGUAGGCGGGGCCAAAGUCUACGACAAGUUCCAGUUUGAGAGAAAUGGUUACUUCUCGGUGGACCCAGACUCCACGCCGGGCAAGCUGGUGUUCAACAAAACGGUGUCGCUGAAAGAGGAUGCUGGGAAAAAGCAGUGAAUGGCGACGCUACAGCAACGUUUUUUUUUGUAGUGUCGUGCGGUGUGACAGUGAGCUGACAGCAGUGACAGAAUGAUGGGAGCGAGCACCAAAAGUUGUCUUGUCUGGUCUGAACGUAACUCACGAAGACGGUCGUUAGAAAUACUCCGAUAGGACCUGUGUGUGCUAUUUCUCAAUUCUUGUACUGUAGUAGAUUGGCAUCUGUUUUGUUGAUGAAAAAACAGACCGAAGGGCUAGAACCCAAAUGGCCGCUGGACCGGAAAAGUAAAGUAAAGUAAGUUGAUGGAAAAAAAAUAUCAGGCGUUUCUGAGAAAUUAAAAAAAAAUGGUUUAAUCAUGUCUGUCAACCUCCAUGACAUGUUUGUGUAUGAAGAUAAAAAAAGAUAUCUUGAACUAUUUUUGGAGUAAUUCUUCUUAGUUUGAGCAGAAAGGGGUGGGGGUGGGAGUUAUGUAGUCUAGUCUAGAAAUCCAAAGUUCCAGCAGUCAGUUCAGGUGACACAUUCGUACGGUGAUGCCAACUUUUGUUUGUAUGUUGUUGGUUUUCCUUGUUGUUGAGGUCAGAACGCCUUUGUGUUUUGUUUCACCGAUUCUUUUCCAUUCUAUUCCUUGAGAGUUAAUCUAGUUAGGUGUUUCAGAGGUUUUACAUGUCUUCUAGUUUUGAUUAGUUUUAGUUUUAGCUGUUAGAUAGAGACGAGAACGUUGUGUUUUUUUAGAUAGUAAAGAUAGUUAAUCUAGUUAGGUAUUUCAGAGUUUUUAGAUGUCUCCUAGUUUUGAUUUGUUUCAAGUAGAUUCUGUUGUAGCAGUUAGAUAGAGACGAGAACGUUGUGUUUUUUUAGAUAGUACAGAUAGUGUGUAGCUGGGAUAAGUGUUCUUCCACCAUUUGGUGUGCCUGGAUUGAAUGAUGGAGAAAAAAAGCGGAGCAUUUCUUAACUCUUUAAGCCCUGAGUUUUUCCCACUGUUUCCCUGAGUUUUUCCUCCAGUCACCUAAACCUGGUGCACUAUGUCUCAUAACCUCAAAAGUUUCCCUACAACUUUGAAAUGGUGGAAACAAUGGCUUAGUCAUUACGAAAAAUUUUGAUUUGGGAAUAGUUCCGAAAAACAAGCGAAAUCUAGCAC